AAAUAAUUUUCAAUCUCCUCAAACACCAAAUCUACCAAAAUCGUAGUCGCAUGCGGCAUGUCCUCUCCUCCUCCCACAUCCUCCUCCUCUUUAAACCCUAACAUCAAAAGCAACAUCUUGUAGUUGUAGUUGUAGUUGUAGUUGUAUCACCACCCCUAGUCGGCGGCGCCCUUGCCAACCACCUCUCCUUCAACGCUGCUGCUAUUUUCGAAAGGAAGGAAGCAAGAACGCAUUUAGCAUUAAGAAGGGAGAAAGAGAAGGAAUGGGGUCAGAAGGUCUACAUGCUGUGAAAGUUUGUAGGCACCUUCUCAAAUCCGUGAAGAAACACAUUGGUCAGGAGGACUACAAGCGACACUUCAGUGAUUUUAUAAUGGAAGAGUUUAAGAAGAACCGGGGACUGUUGGAUCCAUCAUCUUUGCAGAACAAACUGAAGCUUGCUCGUGAUUACACUUUCUUGCUUAAUAGUGUCCAUCAUCACCAGGAGCUGCUAUUCUCGUACAAUAUUGCUGUGGACAGAACAGAUGAGAUGAAAAGGAUACUUGGAAAAUCAGCUGCCAGUGUAGGCCUUCAGCUUCCAGAGGUUUAUCAGUCUUGACACUAGUAAACCACCUAAUGUACCUCUUUGCCUUCCUUUUCAUAGCCUCAUAAUAAGCAGACUAGUACAAUAAUUAAGCUCGGCACAAUUUUGACAAUUUUCGGAAAGAAAUGGAUUAGGUAUUGACUAUUUGAUAUGCAAGCACUUGUCCGUCCGAUUGUAAUGUAAAUGUAUUGAGCAAUGUAUGAGAAAUAGCACACAUGAACGAUGUUUGUUCCAGCAGUAGAUAUCCGACUCUUUUUUGAAAA